GGGCAGGUGCAGAGACUGGCAGAUCGCCUGGGGAAAAUGCACUUUGCACUUUCCUAGGAAUCCCACCAAAGCUCCUCCUCUUCCUCGCUCCUUCCCGCCCUUUCUCACUCUCUCUCUUUUUAUGCCAGAUCCAUGGCGUAGGCAUGAAAUCUGCAGCCGUCCUUGCAAAUACAAAUAAACUUGGAUGAGCAGGAGAGAGAGAAUUAUCAGGAGCUGCUUCUUUGGGAAGGAGCAAGUAUAACAUGAAGAGACAAAUAUUUAAAAAUCAGCAGGAAUGAAAAGAGAAGUGGAAGAAAUUAUGAGCUGCUUGAGGUGUUGAUGCCCCUGAAGUCCUGCAGCUGCAAGAAGUUUUUGAAUUGAACAGAAGGGAAGAAUAUCCAGUCUUGGGGGAAAUAUUGAAAUAUAAAUUAAAUAGACACUGCAGAACCCACAGAAGGGAGAAGACCAUAUAAAUGAGGAGGAGCUUCAGUUGCAGUCCUGCCCUAAGGAUAAGAGAUUCCACACCUGGAAGAAUGCUUAUAAACGCAUGAGUGGUACAAAGAGUUUCAGUUGUAGUGAAAACCAUACUUCACAUCAAACUGUAGAGUAAGGGAAGAAACUGGAAUAUUUACUUCCUUUUUAAAAUCUUGAACUCCUAUGAUACCCACCUUUUCAUUUUCCCCAUAGUAGCCGAUUUCUGACAGUCUUCUGAAGUGACAUUGUGGAAAAACAGGUUGGAAGAGAAAUGGCUGGCAAGAAAGGGGGUCGAAAGAGGAAUGUGGGAAACCAGAGAAAUAAAACCUCUGCUUCUCAGAGCACCAACGUCCGCAAACUCCCUGUUCCACAAGACCACAAGAGAAGAAGGGAAAAGUGCCCAGACUGUGGGAAGACAUUCACAUCUAAAUCACAUUUAAACAGACACUACAAAAUCCACACAAGGGGGGAGAUCUAUAAAUGCGAGGAGUGUGGAAAGAGCUUCAGUGAAAGGCAAGACCUUACUUCACAUCAGAGAACUCACAGAGUUGAGAAGCGAUAUGAAUGUGUGGAGUGUGGAAAGAGCUUCAGUUGUAUCAAAAUCCUCAUUAUACAUCAAAGAACUCACACAGGGGAGAAGCCAUAUCACUGUGUGGAGUGUGGAAAGAGAUUCAGUCAAACAAGAGACCUUACCAUCCAUCAAAGAAUCCACACAGGGGAGAAGCCAUAUGAUUGUAUAGAAUGUGGGAAGAGCUUCAGAGAUGCUGGAAAAUUUGCGGUGCACCUAAGAACCCACACAGGGCUGAAGCCAUAUGAAUGUAUGGAGUGUGGAAAACGCUUCGCUCAGAGUGGAGCCCUUAACGUACAUCAGAGAACCCACACAGGUGAGAAACCAUAUGAAUGCCUGGUGUGUGGAAAGUGCUUCUGUCAGAAAGGAGCCCUUACUGUCCAUGAAAGAAGCCACACUGGGGAGAAACCAUAUGAAUGCAUGGAGUGUGGGAAAAGCUUCAGUCAACAAGCACACCUCAUUUUCCAUCAGAGAACACACAAGGGGGAGAAACCAUAUAAAUGUAAGGAAUGUGGAAAGAGCUUCUCUUGUACUUCAGUACUCAACAAACAUCAAACAAUCCACACAGCGUCGAGGCCCUUUGAAUGUGUGGAGUGUGGAAAGAAGUUCAGAAACAGGAGCUAUCUAACUAGACAUUUAAAAAUACACAGAGGGCUAAAACCAUAUAAAUGUUUGGAAUGUGGAAAGAAUUUCGGCCAUAGCAUUAGCCUUGUUCUCCAUCAAAGAAUCCAUACAGGGGAGAAACCAUAUAAAUGUAUGGAGUGUGGAAAGAACUUCCGUUACAGUGGAAGCCUUAGUUCCCAUCAAAUCAGUCAUACAGGGGAGAAGCCAUAUGGGUGUGUAGAAUGUGGAAGGAGGUUCAAAUAUAGCUCAAAUCUUUUCCAGCAUAAAAUGGCUCAUGCAGGUUUGAAGCCAUAUGAAUGCGAUAAGUGUGGGAAAAGCUUCAGCCAGAGACACCUCCUUACUGUACAUCAAAGAAGCCACACAGGGGAGAAACCUUUUGAAUGCACGCACUGUGGAAAGAGCUUCAGUAGGAAACGCUAUCUUAUUAUACAUCUAAGAAUCCACACAGGGGAGAAACCAUAUAAAUGUGUUGAGUGUGGAAGGAGCUUUACCGUUGGCAGUUCUCUUUCUCUUCAUGAAAGAACCCACACAGGGGAGAAGCCAUAUAAAUGUGAGGAGUGUGGAAAGAGCUUCACUAUAAAAGGAAACCUAACUACGCACAAAAGAAUCCACACAGGCGUGAAACCAUUUAAAUGUGUGGAAUGUGGAAGGUGCUUCGGUUGUAGCGGAAGCCUUAAGAAGCAUCAAAGAAUCCACACAGGAGUGAAGCCAUAUAAAUGUGAGGAGUGUGGAAAGAGCUUCAGCCAAACAGGAAGUCUUACUACCCAUCAAAGAACCCAUACAGGGGCGAUGCCGUAUGAAUGCAAGGAGUGUGGAAAGAGCUUUUGUCUUAAAUCACUUCUUGUUCAACAUCAAAGAACCCACACAGGGGAAAAGCCAUUUAAAUGUGAGGAGUGUGGAAAGAGCUUCACUAUAAAAGGAAACCUAACUGCACACAAAAGAAUCCACACAGGGGAGAAACCAUUUAAAUGUUCAGAAUGUGGAAGGAGCUUCAACUACAGGAAACAUCUCAUUGUGCAUGAAAGAAUCCACACCGGUGAGAAACCAUAUAAAUGCUCCGAGUGUGGAAAGAGCUUCACUCAGAGCAGUACCCUUUUUAAUCAUCGAAGGAUCCAUACAGGAGAGAAGCCGUUUGAAUGCUCAGAGUGUGGAAAGAGCUUCACUAGCAGCAGCAGUCUUUCAUACCACCACCGAGUCCACACUGAAGAGAAACCUUACAAAUGUUUUCAUUGCGAAAAGAACUUCAGCCAGAGGAGUGAGCUUCAUUCUCAUCAGAGAAUCCACACAGGGGAGAAACCUUAUAAAUGCUCAGAGUGUGGGAAGAGUUUUACUCACAGCAGUAGCCUUUCUUAUCAUCAAAGGGCUCAUAAAGGAGAAAAACCAUAUAAAUGUUCUGAGUGUGGGAAGAGUUUCUGUCAGAGCAGUGGCCUCAUCUCUCAUCAAAGAAUCCACACAGAAGAAAAACCAUACAAAUGCUCAGUGUGUGGAAAGAACUUCACUCAUAACAAUAGCCUUUGUAAACAUAAAAGAAUCCAUACAGGAGAGAAACCGUAUACAUGCUCAGAGUGUGGAAAGAGCUUCACUAAUAGUAGUAGCCUUUCUUAUCAUGAAAGAACCCACACAGGAGAGAAGCCGUAUAAAUGUUUUCAUUGUGGAAAGAGCUUCAGCCAGAGCAAUCACCUCCUUUCUCAUCAAAUAAUCCAUACAAGAGAAAAACUGUAUAAAUGCUCAGAGUGUGGAAAGAGCUUUACUCAUAGCAGUAGCCUUUCUUACCAUCAAAAAAUGCAUACAGGAGAAAAACCUUUUAAAUGUUCUGAGUGUGGAAAGAGUUUUUUUCAGAGCUAUGGCCUUCUUUAUCAUCAAAGAAUCCACACUGGAGGAAAACCAUAUAAAUGCCUGGUGUGUGGCAAAAACUUCAGUCAUAGCAGUAGUCUUUCUAGUCAUCAGAGACUCCACACAGGAGAGAAACCGUAUAAAUGCUCAGAGUGUGGAAAGAGCUUCACUAAUACUAGCAGCCUUUCUUACCAUCAAAAAAUUCAUAUAGGAGAGAAACCAUUUAGAUGUUGUGAGUGUGGAAAGAGUUUCUGUCAGAGCUAUGACCUGCUUAAUCAUCAAAGAAUCCACACUGGAGUGAAACCGUAUAUAUGCUCAGUGUGUGGCAAGAACUUCACUCAUAGCAGUAGCCUGUCUAAUCAUCAGAGACUCCAUACAGGCGAGAAACCAUUUAAAUGUUCAGAAUGUGGGAAAAGCUUUAGUCACAACAGUAACCUUACUUACCAUCAAAAUACUCAUUCAAGUGAAAAAAUAUUUAAAUGUUCAGAGUGUGGAAAGAGCUUCAGUUGUCGCCAAACCUUAGCAAUACACUACAGACUACAUACAGGAGAGAAAGCAUUUACAUGUUCAGAGUGUGGAAAGAGCUUCAACCAGAAGACUCACCUCACUAACCAUCAAAGGACCCAUACGGGAGAGAAACCAUAUAAAUGCUUAGACUGUGGGAAGAGCUUCAGCCGAAGCAAUACCCUCUCUAAUCAUCAGAGGCUCCAUACGGGAGAGAAACCAUAUAAAUGCUUGGAGUGUGGAAAGAGCUUUGCUCAGAGCAGUGGCCUUUCUUCCCAUCAAAGAAUCCACGCAGGAGAGAAAUCACAUAAAUGCUUAGAGUGUGGGAAGACCUUCACUAAUAGUGUUAGCCUUUCUUAUCAUCAGAGAAUCCACACGGAAGAGAAAUCGUAUACAUCAGGGGUGGAGAUCCUUUUGGGCUCUGGGAGCCAGAUCAUUAUCUGGCCCCACCAAGAGGGCCAAACGGGACAGGUGGGUGGAACAAACCACCUGUCAAUUGCAUGAUGUCAUAGUGACAUCGCAUGAUUGGCAGGUGGCUUGCUGCACUCGCCAGUCAAAAUCCCUUGCAGUGUUCCCUGGUGGCCAUCAGCCAGACAUUUGGGAGCCGUGCAGACGCUUGCAAAAUGAAAUAGUCCCCAUGCACCAAUUGCUAGGCGGAGGGUUACAUCCUGUUUUGGCUGCGCUUGCCCAUUCCAUAACGGGGACAGGCCUGUGCAACCAAGGCAGAAUUGAAUCCUGCUUUCCCGCCCAUCGGCUUAUGUCAAGGGCUGGUGUGCUUGGCUGAAAUGAAGGAGAAGGACCUGGUUGGAACAUGGUGUGCAUAGUGGAUCACCCGUGGGACUCGGAUCAGGACCCUGGUUCGCCCAUAAACGGGCACCUAAAAAUGUGCAG